AUGCGGCCCAAAGGGAAAGCUGCUGAGGUCAGAGUGUUGUCCAUGAAGAGAGUGGUUGUUUCUCUCUGCUCUGGGUGGUUGUUUCUCUCUGCUCUGGGUGGUUGUGUGUCUCUGCUCUGGGUGGUUGUUCCUCUCUGCUCUGGGUGGUUGUUCCUCUCUGCUCUGGGUGGUUGUUUCUCUCUGCUCUGGGUGGUUGUUCCUCUCUGCUCUGGGUGGUUGUUCCUCUCUGCUCUGGGUGGUUGUUUCUCUCUGCUCUGGGUGGUUGUUUCUCUCUGCUCUGGGUGGUUGUUCCUCUCUGCUCUGGGUGGUUGUGCGUCUCUGCUCUGGGUGGUUGUGCGUCUCUGCUCUGGGUGGUUGUGCGUCUCUGCUCUGGGUGAUUGUGGGUCUCUGCUCUGGGUGGUUGUUCCUCUCUGCUCUGGGUGGUUGUACGUCUGCCUCUUUUCUCUGGAUGGUUGUGCGUCUCUGCUCUGGGUGGUUGUGUCUCUCUGCUCUGGGUGGUUGUACGUCUGCCUCUCUGCUCUAGGUGGUUGUUUCUCUCUGCUCUGGGUGGUUGUUUCUCUCUGCUCUGGGUGGUUGUGCCUCUCUGCUCUAGGUGGUUGUUUCUCUCUGCUCUGGGUGGUUGUUCUUCUCUGCUCUGGGUGGUUGUUUCUCUCUGCUCUGGGUGGUUGUGCGUCUCUGCUCUGGGUGGUUGUGCCUCUCUGCUCUAGGUGGUUAUUCCUCUCUGCUCUGGGUGGUUGUGCCUCUCUGCUCUGGGUGGUUGUACGUCUGCCUCUCUGCUCUGGGUGGUUGUGCCUCUCUGCUCUAGGUGGUUGUUUCUCUCUGCUCUGGGUAGUUGUGCGUCUCUGCUCUGGGUGGUUGUUUCUCUCUGCUCUGGGUGGUUGUGCGUCUCUGCUCUGGGUGGUUGUCCGUCUCUGCUCUGGGUGGUUGUACGUCUGCCUCGCUGCUCUGGGUGGUUGUUUCUCUCUGCUCUGGGUGGUUGUACGUCUGCCUCUUUUCUCUGGGUGGUUGUCCGUCUCUGCUCUGGGUAGUUGUGCGUCUCUGCUCUGGGUGGUUGUUUCUCUCUGCUCUGGGUGGUUUUGCGUCUCUGCUCUAGAUGGUUGUGCCUCUCUGCUCUGGGUGGUUCUUUCUCUCUGCUCUGGGUGGUUGUACGUCUGCCUCUUUUCUCUGGGUGGUUGUCCGUCUCUGCUCUGGGUGGUUGUUUCUCUCUGCUCUGGGUGGUUGUGCGUCUCUGCUCUAGAUGGUUGUGCCUCUCUGCUCUAG